UGAACAUAUCACAACUAACUACAAACGUCAAAUGUAAAUGCUAAGCUAGUUAUGCUAACGUUAGCGCCAGUUAGCUUAACCGUUCACUGACAGAACAACUGUGUUAAUACUAAUGUUUUCUUUACUGGCAUGUAUCAGACCACCCAAACCGCGGGUCAGUGAGAGUCUCCUAACGUCUGAAUGGUGGCUAGCAGGCUAACAGCAACCAUCAGGCUGGUGUGAAAAUGGACGACCAAUACUCAUUUAUUAAUAUUGACAGCCUUCUCUUUCAGUUUGCUCUUCAAACUCGGGAGCUUUCAAAAAAGAAGAAUGAAAUUAACCAACAAAUUAAAGUUUGCAGAGCUGACAUUGUAGAGAAGAGUUCUUACAUUGAAACAAUCCACAAAAAUAUCAACAAACUUGAGGAAGAAAUCAGGGUGAAGCAGAGCACCCUGACACACAAUAAAGCAAAUGCUAAAAGCAUGAAGGUGACCAACAGAUUGCUUCAUCAGUAUGAGCAGACACUGAAAGAAGAGCUGGAGAGCAGGAAAGCCAACUACAAUCAUGAUAUGGAAGUCUAUGAAGAGAGAAUUGCGAACUACAGGAAGACAUUCCAGUCUCAUAAACAAUAUUAUUGCCAAAGUCCUCUUGCUCAAAAUCUGCUCAUGCUGCGAGCUGAAAAAGAGGAGAUCGAGUCUCGGAUCAAGGCUUGUGAUGAUGAAAUAACACUGAAGCAGAAAGAGCUGGACCAUCUAACUGUUCCAGCACUCAGUUCUUCUUCCACCGAGGAACUACCAGUCAGUAUUUCUAUCCAGCAACCCAUAAAAGAACCAGAGAAACAGUUAGAUCCUCACACAGGAGAUGGUGAUCCUUCCACUGACAUCUCCUCUCUUCAUCUCAACCAGACAAAGAAUGGUCAUGAAACCUCCGUAGAAGCAAAUGCUGACGAAAUUCAAGAGGCAAACAAGGUCCAGCAUACCACCACCUGCAGCCCUGUCCCAGAAGAUGCCAGCAGUGGACUGCGGUCAUAUCACCAGUUGGAUGAACAAAGAUGGCAAGAUGAGAUGCACACUGAGGAGCAGGAGCAGGAAACUGAACCAGACGGCCAGGAACAGCAGUCCAUUGUAUCUGACACAGAGGCGGCAGUGGAGCAGGAGAUUUUAGGAGAAAUGGUAGCUGUAGAGGAGGAGCAGCCGCUAAGCAAAGAGGACAAGAGGCUCACUGCUUUUCAGCAAUCACCAUCUCAAGAAACUAAUCCUGAGUCUUCCUCUGCAACAGUGAAAGCUGUACCUUCAACCCCAGUGUUUCCAUUUAACUUUAGUCCUGGAAGCUCCCCACAUCCAUGGAAUGCUGAUGCAAAAUCUCCAGCUUUCCCAUUCUCUCUGAACUGUGAUACUAGCAUCCCAGGGUUCUCUGGAUUCGACGUGGGCUCAGCACAGGAUGAGGACUCAUCAUUUGCAUUCACUGGCUCUUUUUUCAACAAGAAGAAAACUGCAGAAUCAAAGGGUUCAAGCUGCCCUGAGUUCCUGUUUGGCCAACCAGAGCAAAGUGAAGACUUCCAGUUUACCUUCACCUCCAAGAGUCCUCGGACAACUGACAAAGGCAAUAGCAGGAAUGACUUACCAUUUUCAUUCAACUUUUGAGAGUUACAAGAACCUUGUCUUAGAUGCAUCUUAAAUAUUGAAUUGCUGUGUUUGUAAGAUCAUUUCAUUACUUUGUACACUGUUCCUGUGUAGACAGUUAAGGAGAAUAGGUAAGCGUUCAUAGUUUAAUGCCGUGAUGUUUGCCAUGGAGGGCUUUUCUAAUACAAUUUUCCAUUUUUUAUUCUGUUAAAUUGCUUACUUAUAACGUAAUAUCUUAUUUCAGUGGCUGUUCACAAUACAGUGAACAUUUUCUGGCAUUAGCAUCUUGAAUAACAUUUUAUUAAAGAUUUAGCAUACUUAUCAAAGUAAUACACAUAAUACACAAAUUUCUCAGUAAGUGCAACUGUUAAGUGUAAUAAACUGCAAAUUGAUAAU